CUGCGCACUGGGCUGGCGGAUGUGGCCCGUGAGAUUGAGUUCCAUCGGAGUUCGGGGCCCGCACAGCAGGGCGAUCGCUUCCUGCCCGUCAUGCGGGAGUUCCAUACGCAGGCAUCGGUGCGUUUUGCCGAGCUGGAGGACAAGUUCCAGGACAUGAAGACGCGCUUCGAUCGGGCCGUUCGACUGUUCGGUGUAGAUGGAUCCGUGCUGCAGCCGGACGANUUCUUUGGCAUCUUUGAUUCGUUCCUGGGCGCCUUUGCGGAGGCGCGUCACGACAACGAGAGCUUCCGACGACGGCAGGAGGAGGAGGAGAAGCGGGCCAAGCAGGAGGCCGAGCUCAAAAAGCGGACCAUCGAUCGCAAGAACAAGACCGGCCUCAUGAGCAGCGUUGCCCGCAAUCUUGGCCUGAAGUCCUCGUCGCCCACGAAUGGCGGCGACUCACCGGCCAAGGGUGGCGGCGGCGGCGACAACAAGGGCGAGUUCGAUGACCUCAUCUCGGCCCUGCGCACGGGCGACGUCUUUGGCGAGGACAUGGCCAAGUUCAAGAGAUCGCGCAAGGCGCGUGUACUCAAUGGUGGCUCUGGAGCGGGCGGCCCCGCCGGCAACACCUCACCGCCCACCAGGCAUGGCAGCCUGCAGCGCGAAGAGAGCGGACGCGAACGGGAGCGGGAUCGGGAGCGGACUGUGCGGCGUCAGUAGUAGAGGAUCAAGAAUCGAUUCUCUCUCGCGU